CUUCCCGGAUAGAGAAGCGGAGUGCAUUGAGUGCGAUCGACGCGACUGACUUUCUAGAUACGCGAGAGAGCCGCUGUGCAGAAGAGGAUCUGAAGCGAGUGUUUUAUGCCGCCUUAAACACGAGCGUAUUAAAGUGCGUCUGGCAUACGUACUGGUUUGGAUUAACUUGGAGAAUGUAAAGAGAAUGUAAAGGCGACGCUACAGAAAACAGAAGUGUGCGCGGAUUGUGGGCUGCCCGAAAUGUCCCAAGAAACAGGCACAAGAUUGGUCGCCGGUCAUUAUAUCGCCUCGAUCGUCUGAAAUUAUUCGAGUUGUUCAAGUUAGUGCGUUUUCUGCGUUGACGCUUUAUUAGAUCCGCCAUUCCGUUUUGCUCUAAUUGCGCAUUUUGGACAUGUGGAGACCGCGAAGAUCGUGUCGUUUGGGGAUGUUGUGUUUGACUUUGUCAGCCCUUCUCAUCCAACGUAUCAGCUGUCAUUCCGUUUCACGUGUGAAAACAGAGGGUCAAGGCAUUUCGGACCCCCAAAGAGAGCGGAGGGCAGCUGGGGAACCCUAUUGGGCGUAUUCAGGAACCCAUGGACCUCGAAGAUGGGCAUCCGCCUACCCGGAGUGCGGAGACAGGAAUCAGUCCCCAGUGGACAUUCUGGAUCAAGAUGCUCAGUUCUCUCAGGAGUGUCAGGAGCUCACGCUAGAUGGCUUUGAAACCAAGUCAUCAAACAGAACCACUAUGAAGAACACAGGAAAAACAGUUUCUAUCGUACUGAAGAAUGAUUAUUUUGUGAGGGGUGCUGGUCUACCCGGUCGUUUCAAAGCAGAGAAGGUGGAAUUUCACUGGGGUAGCACCAAUGGGUCAGCUGGUUCUGAGCACAGCAUCAAUGGAAGAAAGUUUCCAGUCGAGAUGCAGAUUUAUUUCUACAAUUCUGACGACUUUGACAGUCUGAGCACCGCGAUAAAGGAGAGACGCAUCAUUGCUGCCAUGGCUGUCUUCUUUCAGGUGGGGAAGAAGAACAAUAUCGCAGCUGAGCCCAUCAUCGCAGGGCUCAAACGGGUAGUCCAUCAUGAGAAGGAAACCAAUAUCGGUUCGUUUGUAUUGAAGGAUUUAUUGCCGUCGUCUUUGGGAAGCUAUUACCGUUACACUGGCUCGCUCACAACGCCGCCCUGCAGUAAAGUAGUGGAGUGGAUCCUCUUCAGUCGGCCGGUUUACCUGUCCUUCCACCAGUUGGAGGCGUUCUACUCGAUCUUCACCACAGAGCAGCAGGAUCAUGUGAAGUCUGUGGAUUAUCUGAGGAAUAACCAUCGGCCCAUUCAAGAUCUGGACAGCCGGCAGAUCUUUAAAUCAGAGAACAUGGCCAGUGCUGCAGACACAGAAACCUCCAGAGUCUGCAGCAGCAUCCCUGACAACAUAACCGUCCAUCCGCUGAACCGAACGGCUCUUGUGUUGACCUGGGACAGACCGUCAACUGUCUACCACCCGCCUAUACUGGGAUUCCUGGUCUCCUACAGCUGGGUGAAGGAUGAUAUUUCUUUGGAGAAAACUUUCACGCAGAGCAGCGAACACACCACGAGGGCAGUUAUCCCACUGGUGUCUCCAGAUGUCCUGUAUCUGUUCAGAGUUCAAGCCGUAUGUCACAGAGAAAAGCGCAGUGACUUUAGCCAAACACUUUUAUUCAAAGCAAACACCACUAGGAUCUUUGAGGGGACGAGGAUUGUAAAAGCUGGAAUGCCCACAGUUUCCCCUGCAUCCUCCGCCGACAUGGCCCCUAUAAGUUCAGGCUCGUCCACCUGGACCUCCGCCGGGCUCCCCUUUUCUUUCGUUUCCAUGGCAACAGGAAUGGGGCCUCCAUCCAGCGGUGGGCAGGCCACCGUAGCUUCUGUGGUGACCAGCACUCUAUUAGCAGGACUGGGCUUCAGUGGCAGCAUCAUUUCCUCACUCCCGGGAUCCCUUUGGCCCACCCACUCCACAAACUCAGGCCCCACGCCCACCCAACACCCGCCCACUACCUCCUCCGAGCCGGUCCCGCCCGAUAACAGCAUCCGCCCUUCUGAAGACACGACAGAGGCGAACAAUCAUGAAGAAGAAGAGAAUGAAAAAGAAGAGGACAAGGACGAGGAAGAGGAGAAAGAGGAACAAGGCGAAGAGAAGAAAAAAAAGGAAAAAGACGUAAAGGGUGAAAAGCAGGAGACUAUAUUAUCUCAAAAAACAACAACUCCUGUGCCGACGUCAAAAUACAGGGGGAGGGGUCGAGAGAGGGCUGAUUUUAACAAUGAGAACUCCACAUUGGCCCCUGAAACAGAAGAGAAGGUAUCUGCGGCCACAGAGAGACCCUCAGGGGAGGAUUCAUCCAAACCGACAUGGCUUGAAGACAACGACACGGCAGACAUGCAACUUCCUGCUGGAUCGACCGAGACCACUAAACUAACCAAUGUGGAAAAAGCUCACUGGCCGUACUACAUUCAGACCGAGAGGAACAGCAUAUCCACUGUCACCCGAGACCCUGUGUCCCUAUCCAGCAGAAUGGAGUGGAUCAUCCCUCUGAUGGUGGUCUCGGCCCUGACUCUCAUAUGUCUGAUCAUGAUGUUGGCUGUCCUGGUCUACUGGAGGAGAUUUUUCCAGUCUGCACAUUUCUACAUCGAAGACAGGAGCUCCCCGAGAGUGCUUCGCAAUGAUAGUAUACCCAUCCUUUCUCCGGCAGAUGACGUGGAGGCCCUUCCAGUCAGGCAGUUCCUCAAACACAUCAUGGAGCUGCAUGCCAACAGCCAACAUGGCUUUUCUCAGGAGUUUGAUGAGAUUCAACAUUGCACAUCUGAAAUGAAGAUUACAGCAGAACAUUCAAAUCAUCCAGACAACAAACACAAAAACAGAUACAUCAACAUUGCUGCCUAUGAUCACAGCAGAGUGAAGUUACAGCAGUUGCCUGGGAAAGACUCCAAGCACACUGACUACAUCAAUGCCAACUAUGUGGACGGUUAUAAAAGAGCCAGGGCUUACAUAGCUGCUCAGGGGCCUCUGAAGUCCACCUUUGAUGACUUCUGGAGAAUGAUUUGGGAACAAAACUCAAGAGUGAUUGUGAUGAUAACUAACCUGGUGGAAAAAGGCAGGAGGAAAUGUGAUCAGUAUUGGCCUUCAGAGAACAGUGAGGUAUACGGACACAUAAUGGUGACUUUGAAGAGCACUAAAGUGUAUGCAUACUACACACUACGCCAUUUCGUCAUACGCCACGCCAAAGUGAAAAAGGGUCAAAGGGGAAAGCAGAAUGAACGUCUAGUGGUCCAGUAUCACUACACUCAAUGGCCAGACAUGGGCGUGCCCGAGUACACACUACCGGUUCUCAAAUUCAUCGCCCGCUCUACAGUGGCAAGGACGCCAGGCAUGGGCCCUAUCCUAGUGCACUGCAGUGCCGGAGUGGGCAGAACAGGCACCUACAUAGUCAUAGACAGCAUGCUUCAGCAGAUUAAAGACAAAGGUACUGUCAACGUCCUGGGGUUUCUCAAGCACAUCAGAGCCCAGCGGAACUAUCUCGUCCAGACUGAGGAGCAGUUCAUCUUUAUCCAUGAUGCGUUAAUGGAAGCUGUGCUUAGCAAGGACACAGAGGUGCCUGCCUGGCAACUCCACAGUUAUGUCAACAACAUCCUCACUCCGAGCCCUACGGGACAAACACGCAUGGAUAAACAGUUUAAGAUGUUGACGCAAUGCAAUUCUCACCUGGCCGAGUGUUUGAAUGCCCAGAAGGACUGUAACAAGGAGAAGAACCGCACGUCUUCAGUGUUACCAACGGAGCGAGCUCGGGUGGCCCUCUCUCCCCUCCCUGGAGUAAAGGGAACAGACUACAUCAACGCCUCUUACAUUAUGGGCUACUACAGGAGCAAUGAGUUUAUCAUUACCCAGCAUCCUUUGCCCCACACAACCACAGACUUCUGGAGGAUGAUUUGGGAUCACAAUGCUCAAGUGAUUGUGAUGUUGCCAGACAACCUUGGCCUUACCGAGGAUGAAUUUGUGUACUGGCCCAGCAGAGAAGAGCCCAUGAACUGUGUGGCCUUCACUGUCACUCUUAUCAACACUGACAGACUCUGUUUGUCUAAUGAGGAACAACUUGUCAUCCAUGACUUCAUCUUAGAGGCUACACAGGAUGACUAUGUGCUAGAGGUCCGACAUUUCCAAUGUCCAAACUGGCCCGACGCAUCCAUUAGCAGCACCUUUGAGCUCAUCAACAUCAUCAAAGAAGAGGCCAUGACAAGAGACGGUCCUACCAUCAUCCAUGAUGAGUUCGGGGCGGUGUCUGCUGGAACAUUUUGUGCUCUGACGACACUUUCUCAGCAACUGGAGAGGGAAAGUGCCGUGGACGUCUACCAAGUAGCCAAGAUGGUUAACCUCAUGAGGCCGGGUGUCUUCACUGAAAUUGAGCAUUAUCACUAUCUUUACAAAGCUAUGCUCAACCUGAUCAACAGUAAGGACUUCAGACUUGGCUUCACCUACAUAGACAAACUUGGUGGGAUUGUUGUAACAAACGAAUCUAAACAGGCUGAGAGCAUGGAGUCUUUGGUUUGAGGUUCCCAGAACACAGACAGAAGAGACAGAAGAACUGAUUCCUUGAACUUUCCAUGAGGCCUUUUUUCCCAGACUCUUGACGAAAUGAAAAAGAAAACAAGAGGUUUUAUAUAUGGAAAAAAAUAAAUUCUUUUGAUAUUUAUUUUUGCUGCUUUUUGUUAUCCUGCUGAGCGUCACCUGCUCUCCGAUACACAUGCUCACAGACACAACACAGCUGUCUAUUUUGCACUACACGUUCAGUGUUACUUCUUGAUGCCUAGCUGAUUAUUGAUAAUUGUGUUGAAAACGUUUUCGAGUAUCAUUACAUUCUUAUUGCGAAGUCUGCAGACGUGAGAAGGAGAUCGGCGACGACGGCACGUUAACACACAUCGGCCUCAUACCCAUUAAAGCUGUACACAGAGAAGCUCCGCAUUUAAAUUAAUGCUCAUCAUGAUGCGACUUUUAACCGUCAGGCAUUGUGACUUGUUAGAAUAUGUUCUCUUUUUAUUUAUUAAGAUAUGCCAUUUUAUGUCUAACUUAUAUACAUUAUUUCAGUGUGGUAUCAUAACAGCAACUGUGAACAUAUAUUGUUAUCAGUAGCAUUUCUAUUGUUUUGUAAUAAAUAAAGAUAUUGA